UACGCCACCACGAGAGACCUCUCCAAGAUUGAUGAGGUUGAGGAGGAGAAGGAAGAGAGUGAAAAGACAGAGGAACCGGUCCAGAAUGGAGAGACGGAGGGAAACAAGGCAGGAAAUGAGACCACAGGAAGUACAGAUGUAGUAACCCCUGUCAUCGCCCCUCAACCUCCGUCACCACGAAUGUCCAUGAAAUUUGAAGAGGUGACCCUACCAAAGUACUGUAAGGAUGUGAGGUUGAUGCUGGUGCUGCAGAGUAAGAGCAGUGCUGCCAUGCAACUGUCCAUCAACAUCAGCGUCCAAGCAAUGAGGUACAACGGCUCGCCAGCUGGGACCAUCCAGACCGAGGUGAAGGAGGAGACACUACUCCCUGGGAAAGAUCUCUCUGUCCCUACCCAGGUUCCUUUCUCAGCCUACCAUAAACUCAUGAUGGAGUGUGACAUCCUGAAGGUUUCAGCCUUGGUCACAGACAAAGAGAAGCCAGAUAACGUAUACCUUGCUGUGCAUGACAUCGUGCUGCUUGACCCUCCUAUCUCCAUCACGGUUUCUGGUUUUACCAAACUGAACAGAGAAGCACAAGGGGAGGUGGUUUUCAUGAACCCGGUCACCGAGACGCUGAAGGAGUGUACUCUGAACAUCUCUGGGAGUGGCCUGUUGAAAGAGGACAUUGAAGUCAUGAUUCCAGAUUUGAAGACAAGCAACCGAAUAUGUGUCAAGUUCCCCUUUGUUCCCUACAAGCUCGGCAAGAAGACGCUCGUGGCCAACUUCGACUGCUCCACCUUCAGGGACAUCAAGGGCAGCUGCGCUGUCGAUGUAAAGCUGUAAAACCUCUGCAUCGCUGAGGAAGAGUCAAACGUUGAAGGGUUAAAGUUCAUAUCUUGCUCCUUUUGCAGAGAAAGACAGCUGCAGUCAGUUUAGAUGGGACUGCAAAGAAAAACCCAUAAACCACUGAAACUUCUAGCAGUUCUAGGAGGUGUUAGUACCGACAUUUUACGUGCACAUACUUUGAGUUUAACCUGUAAAUAAAGCGAUUUAGAUCAUCUAAAUUAUAUCUGGAUAUGCUGUACUCUGGUGUGUCUAUA